AUGGAAACUGCCCGGGAUUACGCCGGAGCCCUGUUCAGACCCUUGACAUUUAUGGGAUCACAGACAAAAAGAGUACUGUUUACUCCCCUUAUGCAUUCGGCUCGUCCUUUCCGGGUCUCAAACCAUGAUAGAAGCAGCCGGCGAGGGGUGAUGGCCAGUAGCCUGAAAGAGCUCAUCAGCAAGACCCUGGACGCUCUAGUUAUAACUGCUGGGCUGGUCACUUUGGUGCUCGAGGAAGAUGGCACCGUGGUGGAUACAGAAGAGUUCUUUCAGACCUUAGGAGACAACACACAUUUCAUGAUCUUGGAAAAAGGACAAAAGUGGACGCUGGGCAGUAGAUACACUCCAGCCUAUCAACAGUCAAAGAAAUCGGGAAUAGCAAGAGUCACUUUUGACUUAUAUAAGUUGAACCCCAGGGACUUCAUCGGCUGUCUCAAUGUGAAGGCCACCAUGUAUGAGAUGUAUUCUGUGUCCUAUGACAUCCGGUGUACCAGCGCCAAGGCCCUGCUGAGGAGCAUGCUGCGGUACUUGUCCUAUGCUACCCAGGUGACUGGGCAGUUUCUCAUCUAUUUGGGCUCCUACAUGCUGCGUGUGUUGGGUGACACUGAAGAGCCACCUUCUCCCAGGUCACGCUCCAAGGGAAAACCCAUGUUUGGGUAA